AUGGUGAGAGAGGCAUAUGCAUAUGGUUCAACAACUGCAGCUAGUGAUAUGGAAAUGAGUGGAGGUGGCGGUGAUGGGGGUGUGAUGAGUAAUAUGAAGCCUGCAUGGCUGGAGGGUUUGAUGGCUGAGACAUUCUUUGGUGGAUGUGGGGUCCACGAGAACCGCAGGAAGAACGAGAAGAACGUUUUCUGUUUGCACUGUUGCCUUAGUAUUUGCCCCCACUGCCUCCAUUCUCACCGUUCUCACCCUCUCCUCCAGGUUAGGCGAUAUGUAUACCAUGAUGUGGUUCGAUUGGGUGAUCUUGAAAAGCUCAUUGACUGUUCCUAUAUUCAGCCCUAUACAAUCAACGGUGCCAAAGUGAUAUUCUUGAAUCAGAGGCCCCAGUCUAGGACUUGCAAGCAGGGCUCUGCCAAUAUCUGCCUCACUUGUGACAGGAUUCUUCAAGAGCCUUUCCACUUUUGUUCUCUCUCAUGCAAGGUUGAUCACCUGGUGUACCAAGGGGAAGAUUUAUCUGGCAUACUCUACCGAUUUGAUGAGUCCGACUUCACAAUUUCUCAAUUUGAGGGUUUACGCAUGGAUGGUUCGGAGGUGAUCGAUGAUGAUGGCCACAUGAUUCCUAGCUCCAUCAUAGAGGACCCUUUGCAAUAUAGAGCUUCAUCAUGCUCCAAUGAGGCCACAAGUGAUUCAGUAAUGUCGCGAGAACCGGAGGUCAUCAAGAAGAAGAAGAAGAAAGGCAGUGGAUUUCUCCCGGGGAUUGUCCUCUCCCUUAGCAGCCGGAGAAAGGGUGCUCCUCAGAGAGCUCCUCUUUCCUAG